GGGGAAUACAAACACCCAGGGUGCAGAGGCUCGCGUGUCAGUUGAAGCUUAAAGGAAAGGGGCUUGGAGGGAAAGUAAACACGGAAACUUUUCUGACAACAUCCCCGCUGAACAACUGAUAACGCUUCAGCUUCAACGGUGCGCUCGUGACAUAACAAACAUGUCCCAGCAGGCAGUGAACGGGGUCUCGCACCGGGGCAGGGUGCUGACUUUGGACAGCAUGAACCCCAACGUUAAGCGGGUGGAGUACGCGGUCCGCGGACCCAUCGUCCAGCGGGCGGUGCAGCUAGAGAAGGAGCUGAAGGAGGGAGUGAAGAAACCUUUCACAGAAGUCAUCAAGGCCAACAUAGGUGACGCCCACGCUAUGGGUCAGAAACCAAUCACAUUUUUCAGACAGGUCUUGGCUCUCUGCUCUUAUCCAGCACUGUUGGAAGAUAGCAAGUUUCCUGAGGAUGCCAAGCAAAGAGCACGGCGCAUUCUUGAGGCCUGCGGAGGCCACAGUAUAGGGGCCUACAGUGCUAGCCAGGGGAUCGAGUGCAUCCGUCAGGAUGUGGCGCACUACAUCGAGAAAAGAGACGGUGGCAUCCCCUCCAACCCCGACAAUAUCUACCUCUCCACUGGGGCCAGCGAUGCCAUUGUGACCAUAUUGAAGUUGCUGGUGUGUGGGGAGGGUCGUGACCGAACAGGAGUGAUGAUCUCCAUCCCCCAGUACCCUCUGUACUCAGCUGCCCUGGCAGACCUGGGCGCUGUCCAGAUAAAUUACUACCUGGACGAAGACAACUGUUGGAGCCUGAACAUCACAGAGCUCAGGAGAGCGCUCAGUGCCGCGAGGGAGCACUGCAAUCCUCGUGUCCUCUGCAUCAUCAACCCCGGAAACCCCACUGGUCAGGUCCAGAGCAGGCAGUGCAUCGAAGAUGUGAUCCGAUUUGCCAAAGAGGAACAUCUCUUCCUCAUGGCCGAUGAAGUCUACCAGGAUAAUGUAUACGCAGAGGGCUGCCAGUUUCACUCUUUUAAGAAAGUUCUGUUUGAGAUGGGACCGGAGUACUCAAACACAGUGGAGAUGGCUUCGUUCCACUCCACCUCCAAAUGUUACAUGGGAGAGUGUGGAUUCCGUGGAGGAUACAUGGAGGUCAUCAACUUGGACCCUGAAGUGAAAGCCCAACUCAUAAAACUAGUGUCUGUGCGUCUGUGUCCACCAGUCCCCGGACAGGCCCUACUGGAUCUCGUGGUGAACCCCCCACAGCCUGAUGAGCCCUCUUAUGCCACUUUUAUGAAGGAGCGGACGGCAGUGCUAUCAGCUCUGGCAGAGAAGGCCCGGCUAACAGAGCAGAUCUUCAACACAGUGCCUGGUAUCACCUGUAACCCAGUCCAGGGAGCCAUGUACACCUUCCCUCGUGUCACUCUACCUCAGAAGGCCAUUGACAAAGCCAAGGAGUUGGGCCUGGUUCCAGACAUGUUCUAUUGUAUGAGGCUGUUAGAUGAGGAGGGAAUCUGCCUGGUACCAGGAAGUGGCUUUGGUCAGAGAGAGGGAACCUACCACUUCAGAAUGACCAUCCUGCCGCCAACUGAGAAGCUGAAGGUGGUACUUCAGAAGAUCCAGGAGUUCCAGUUGCGCUUCACACAAGAGUUUUCUUAAUGGUCCCACAUCUCAAGAACCAACUGCUCAGUGCCAGUAUCAUUAAGUACCUUUAUGUGACUGAGGCGGAAGCCCCGUUCAUGUUCGUACAGCACAUGAAGAUGAUGUCAAUAAGUUUCACUACAUGAUGCACUUUCUUAAAGUAUUGCCCUGCCGGUUUUUAAUGUUCAAACUGAUGAUAGUACUGAUUGUCUCUUCAGUUUCUUACUCUGCUGGUGCAUCCCUCUCCUGCCAAUUCAUUUUAAGGGAUUACUUGAUUAACUAACAGUUGUUUUAUGCCCCUGCCACGUUGAGGCGUACUCUCUGGGCUGUUCACAUGUCUCAGAAUGUAGCCAAUUGUAUCAGUAAUUGUUUUAAUUGUUCUUAAAUGUAAUUAAAACCAAACACUUGUUUUCUGAAA